UUAUCUCUUUCUGUUUCUCUUUUGCUCUUCAAGAUCUCAAGAUCAUCGACAUAAUCUUUCUUUGAUGGAAUCCAAGAAGUUGAUGCUGACGGUGAUGAUCCUGAGCGCUGCCGCUGCGAACGUGUUUGUGAGCGCUGCCGACCCCGAUCCGCUGCGAGAUUUCGAGGGAUCGGGAGCUCUCAGCAAUUUCGUGCUGCGAAAUGUGUUCAAGAAUGGCGAUGUGAGCUAUGGACCCGGUGGCGUUCGCGCAGCGAUCAACACGACACUCUUCCCAGGAAUCACGUCUCAAGGGAUAACUUAUGUACACUUUAACAUGGUUCCCUGUGGAGUCAAUCUCCCACACACUCACCCUCGAGCUUCCGAGCUCCUCACGAUGGUCUCUGGCGGGCCACUUCAAGUUGGAUUCGUGGAUACAGCCGGAGUACCACGCAUCAACCUCUUGUACCCAGGCGAUAUUACCAUAUUCCCACGGGGAACAAUGCACUUUGAGAUCAACGUCGGCACCAAGCCUGCGUUUUACAUCUCGGCUCUCAACAGCCAAAACCCAGGAACUCUGACAAGUGCUAGUGCUCUCUUGAAGAUCCCAGACAGAUCCUCUGCAACGGCACUCAACGUAGGACUGGACAUCAUACGGAAGCUCAAGGGAAAUAUGCUGCCAUAUACCCCCCGCCUUGAGUUGGCCCCGCCAGCCGUGUGCGUUCCCGGCCGAGACAUCACCACUAUGAUUUAAGAACAUUCUGAAAUGAAGCUUUCUUCGUUUACAUUCUGUAAUUAAAAUGACACUCUAUCAUUGAAAUGAUC